AUGACUUUCAUCCGGUGCGAAGGGGAUGAAAUUCAUCCGAACGGGUCCUUCGCCACACUCCCUCCAGUCACCGUGUGAAACCAGGCAUUCACACGGAGAGCUGGGGUAAUUUCACGCGGAGCAACUCUCACAGUGAUAGUAUACGAGCCUGAGUCGUCUACGUACCCGUCGUGUUCGUUCAAGGCGACGAUGGUCACCUCAGUACUCCUUGUUACCUUUGAGGCGCAUCUCUUCCUCGAACAACCACCCUCGGCGAGCUCACUGUAACCAUCGCGGCGAGCCAGCAUGGAGAACGCGUCCCAAAUUCCCGCCACUAUCCCCGCCGAAAGCGUCGUCUUCAUCGCCGAAGGCUCAUUCACGGUCUGCAACAUGAAGAAUGACGACCAAAACACCGACUGGGUAUCCGGAGUCAUUGCUAUAGUCGAUGUAGCUUACCCCGACGGACCUUCUCAGUUUGCCCUGUUCCUCGUCGAUUCCGACAACCGCGAGCACUCGUUUGCAGCCGAGAUGAAUCGAACUUGGAUUAUCUCAGAGUGUGACGAGCGCCUGCGCCUGUUCGGUUGGACUGUCGACGACCAGACCUAUCGCGUCCAUCUUCAGGAUGACGAUCGCCGACGGUUCCUCUCACUUGCCCGCAAUUUCACGGUGGUGUUGGAAGAGCUGUGCGCCUCUGCGCGAACACUUCAAAACCGGCUGCGUUUCAUUAUGCACAAACUGCCUUCCUCCCUCAGCCUACUGCAGGGAGUGCAUGUGAACAGCCUUGGUCGCUUGGAGAAAGUACCAGCGCCGCCGAUGGCUGGCCCUACAGGGAUAUAUACGCAGAUGCGCGCUCACGCUUAUCCGCCGUCUCCCGAGUCCGAACCUGAGGAACCGGAGGACGUCUAUAUCUCUGAUUCAGAGUUGAAUCUCUGAGCUGAGCAGACGCACAUCCGCCCAAUCAAGUGUCCCACAUGUAGAGGUUUCUUCGGAUUGUCUGCCAUUCUCUACUCAACUUCUGUUAUGUACGACCGCCCCUGGCAGUACUUGAAUCUUGCAUAUAUAGCUCCGCAUCCGCUUUCCUCUCGAAUUCUCUACCUAUAUUUCUCCGGAAAAGCUCCUGUCGUGUACGACCGCCCCCAGUACCAGUGAUUGUAUCCUUCAUACUGUACGAUGUGCAGAACAUUUUCCUUACCCAGAAGCUCCCGGAUACGCAGGCACCGAGAGUAUCAACCGCGUCAGUACUUCAACGUCCGGCAUAAUAUUAUUCAUUGAUCAUGUAGAA